AUGGUAUCCUCCGCUCGACAAAAUGGGACUUGGUCUAUGAGGGAGAGCAUUAAAGAAAUAGAUGACGAUCCAGACUCCUGGCUAGUCUGCAAUCUCAUCUUACGGCGCUCUGAAGGCCCAUCUGCAGACGCAGAUUGGUACGAUGAAAAAGACAAUUCUAGCUACCACAUUACGGAUGCUCCUAUGCCUCCGCCCAAGGCUACUUACCACCUACCCUCAACGAGACGUUUCCGGGCCGGGGGUGACACUCCGCUGGUAUCGCUUCUGGAUUCACGUACCUGGAUGACCGAUUCGGCGGCAUGGAGUAUUGGAUACAGCGGCGUUUUAAAAAUGGGCUUGUUUAAAUUAUCACAUGACUUCACACACGCACACAAAACAUUAAACUGGCUUCAGGGAAAUUUUCCAACUUCAACAAGAUUUCAGAUCCCAAAGGUCAUACGCUAUGAGGUGCAGAUGAAGCGUCAUAUUACAUUUGAAAGUCAACUAUAUGGCUUGAAUUUUGAGCAAGCGUGGCCUAUCCUUUCGCCACAACAAAGAGAGAAUGUCAUAACCGCCAUAAAAGAUUUUUGUUUUGAGUUGUCCAAAAUAAAGGGAGAGAAAAUCGGGAGUAUCGAAGGAAAGGGGUUCUAUGAUCAGUAUCUGCCGGUGUGGGUCGAGCCGGGUGUAAGUAUGUUCGACCCAGCCGGCGUGCAAGCCGGCUGGGCAAAAUUGCUGGCACCCGGACUGUCGGAGAUCUGUUUCGCGCACAACUGGAUGUUGGCCCACCAUAUUAUUCUCAUAGACUAUCCCAAUGCAGGAUUUACGGACCUGAGAGUUCCAACCAUUGGGGUUACAAGCUGGUCUGUGGCGGGGUUUGUACCGAAAGUAUGGGUUCGCACGAAAUUUGCCGUUGAUCUGGAAUAUGACAUGCAAACAGUUCAAAGAUUGAAUAUAAAAUUGAAUACGGGUAUUCGGUAUGAUGAAGUACAUAAGUGGAGGUGGAACGUCUUUAGGGGGCUGGGAAGAGAGCCGUACAAUAUGCCAGAGAUGAGGGAAGAGUACUGGAAAGCUAAGCCUCUGCACGCUGCUUACGUUGGAAGGGAUUUCAUUGAAGGGAGGGGUACUCUUGUCUCCAUCAGAGCUGAGGAAGAAGGAGAUUUCCUUGUGCAGCAGGCGGCAGAGAAAGAGGAGUAUGAACGGAAUAAGCGGCGAUGA